GCUCAAAAGAGUUUCCUGCACGUCGCGUCGAUUGCGGAUACCCGUUACAGAAUUCGUUCUCGUGUACGGGAUUUUUCUCUUUCAGCGAUAUAUUACGAGCGCGAGACGUGUAUCGCGAUUCAAUGGGGGAAACUCGGCAGUAUUUUUUCCUUUUAUCUCGACCGUGACGAAAAUGAACGGCCAGCCAUUAGCCAUUUUAGCGUCUUCACGUUGCUCAAACGACUUGGAAUUUUCUUUUCUCGCGAUCGCUUUUCCAUCCAGGACGAGGUCGACGACAAAACACGCGAUUCACCGUAACUACGUCGUCGAAUUUAUUUCGUCACGUGGCCUGGCUAUUGUGAUGUAACGUUGGCGUUUUUCUCGAAAUAUACUGGCGAAUUUUGUCGUUCUCGGAAUUUAUCUAAUUUAUUCGCAAACACUCAUUCUUCUUAAUAGUUGCUAAAGAGUCAUAAAUAGCUUAUUCCAAAAAUUUAACGAUCGACGUGACUAAAAAACCGUAUCUUUCGUGUGUUUUCCACACAAAAGUACAUAUAUUCGGACAAUAUUGUUGUAUCGCGACUCUCUGAAAGAAUCAAUGUUCAACUUCAAUUAUCUCGAAGUAAAUUACACAAGCUGAGUCAUUAGAAACACAAUACUUGAAUGUCUCUUCAAUUUAAAGGUCUUAGGAAUGCGGAAGCGGGUGACGAGAGAAAGCAGUGGUCUGCGCUCGAGGUGGUUGAUCUUUCUGGUCGCAGUGAUAGCAGUGGUGCGGGUCGCGGGUACACCCUCGGACAUACUGUCAUCAGUCACGAUCACGUCGUCGCCAUCGUCGGCAGCCACGUCUUCGCGAAAAUGUCCCGGUGGUUGCGAAUGCACGGACAGCAGUUACGGCGCCAGCCUAGUGUGCACGGAGCGCAGUUUUCUCGGUCUCGGUUUAUCCCGAAACGUUACGAACGUGAUGCUGAAGAAUGUUCGAGCAGCCGCGAUUCCAGUGUCCGCUUUGGAGGCAUCCAUCGGAUUACAAAGUUUGGUCUGGACGUCAAGUGGCAUCGAAAGCAUAGAAUCUGGUGUGUUUCGCACCACCACGCUUCUCGAGCGACUCGAUCUAGGUGAUAAUCGGCUGUCCGAGCUGCCAUCGGACGUCUUCCAUCUGUUGCAUCAACUUAAGUACCUGAAUCUCACCGGGAACCGGUUGACCUCGCUGCCGCAGCUGUUGUUUAAAGGCCUGGAUAAUCUCCAGGAGAUUCGUCUAGCGGCGAAUCUGCUCUCCGUACUACCUUAUCAGGCAUUCGCGCCCGCGAAGAAGCUCGUACGACUUGAUCUCAGUAGUAACCUAUUGGUCUCGCUGCCAGAUCACAGUUUCACGAAUGAACAACUGCAGGAGCUACGAUUAGCCAGUAACCGAUUGACCAAGCUACCGUCUAAAUUAUUCUCCGGCUUGACUCGAUUAAAAGUGCUCGAUCUUGCUAACAACGCGAUCGAGAUGCUGCCGCGUGGCCUCUUCAGCGACCUCACGACCUUGGAACACCUCGACCUCGAGAAUAAUCCAAUCGUACGUCUCACAAACAUCGCGUUUCAAGGCCUCGUCAAUCUACGAUGGCUCAGCUUGAAUCAUCUGGAGAUCUUAUCGCUGCCAGCAGAGAUCUGGCGACCUGUUAGCAGAUUAAGGACUCUCUUGCUAUCCGGGACCAAACUCGAGAACCUUCGAAAUGAGAAUCUAGCGGGUUUAAUCGAGUUGGAGACUCUGGAAAUCAGGAAUAGUCCAUUACGCGAAAUCGGUCAAUUGACUCUAAACGAGACUCCAUCUCUGCGUAGACUCGACUUGCGGAAUAAUGAUCUGACCUUCCUACCGGCGAACGUAGCUAAUCUGCCGCUACUAAAUGAGCUGCAGUUACAGGGCAACCCGUGGGCUUGCGACUGUCGUAUGUUCUGGUUUGUCAAGUGGGCGGAGAGUAGAGCGCAUCUGCGAGCGGUUUUCCAGAGUGGACUUAAAUGCGGUCACGAAGUAAGCGGCACUGUAAAUACCGAAGACAGCCUGCACACGUUGCGUUACCUCAAGUGUAGUCCGCCGAUCUUGGCGCGAACUACCAAUACCCAACAGUAUCUUCUUCUGAGUUCAGUGUUGUUGGAAUGCGAAUUCAACGGUAAUCCCGCACCCUCUUUGACCUGGGUCACUCCGAGCGGCUUGGUUUUCCAUUGGAUGCCGGACCCAACCUUUCCCGACGCCUUCGUCGAGCAUCCGCCCGUACAUAGCUGGUUGUCAGACCAGCCGGUCGUCGACGACGGUCGCAUACGUGUUUUGGAGAAUGGUUCUCUCUACAUCUCGAUGUUGUUACGGCAAGACGUAGGCAAGUACAAAUGCGUGGCGGUGAAUCCGAUUGCAAAUGAAACUAUCUACGUGACGUUGCACAUGGAUCCGGUAACCUUGCACAAUAUCAAGAUCUACAGCAUCCUCGUCGGUGCGAUCAGUACUGUGGCCUUUCUUCUGCUCACCCUGCUGGUGCAACUCUUGCGGUACUUAUUCUCGAAGUGUGGAUGCACCAAGUGGUGCUUGUGCUGUAGACGUGUAGGGGUGACGCCACGGGCUAAGCAGAUCUACCAGAUGCUCGACAACAUCGAACAGUACAAGAGUCAGCAACUCGAAAGACUGAGAGAGAACUACACGCAGCAGGUGCACAGAAUUAAGGACAACUGCGUUCAGCAAGUGGAAUGGAUUCGCGACAGCUACGAAGGUCAAAUGCAACAUAUACGCGAUAUACGGGAUUACGGUACCAGUCACCUAACCGCGCUGAGAGAUCAGUAUUAUGAUCAGGUAAAGAGAGUAAGGGAUUACUCCACCAGCCAGCUAAACUGGGUGCGCGAGAAUUACGUCUUCCAACGGAACAAAAUCCGCAAGUUCAGCGCUCACCAGGUAUUGCGAUUGCGAGAGAGCUACAAGUACCAGCAGCAGACGCUGGCGAAAGUGUUGGAAAACCUGCCGAAUCUGUACUUUGACAAUUGCCGGAGUGGCUCGUGCGGCAAAAGCGAUUCCAUGAUGUUCGAUCCUAACAGAGAUGACCUCAACGGCAUGGAUACGUAUUUCAAAGCGAAGAUUGAUGAUCUAACGGCAGGGCCGAGUCUGGAGGAUGUUAAUAGCGAAUAUUACACGCCGACCGAGCUAUCGUCGGCCAGUCCACACAAUCAAAACGUGAUGGAUGGCAUUCACAUCAACUACAUCGAGGAGAGCGGUCCGCCAGCGCCGCCUCCAGGACUCGCCUCGAUGUUACCUACUUCGUCGAUACUGCAAUGUAUCGAUGAGUACGACAGUAUGUUAUCCGUGUGCAACCAUUACGAAAACAGCAACAAGCCAAUUUUUAGAGGCCCCAAUAACGCCGACAUUUUGGCCAAAGAUCUGCGGAAAGAGAUUCCGGAAGCCCUGGGACUUCUAGCAUCUAGCAACAGUCUACCUGAUCUUCCACGCGAGACUAAACUCUAGCCGGCAGCGCGUUAAAGCGGCCAAGAAUUGGUUCCUGUUAUUAAGUUUAAGUUAUCAGAAACAUAGAGAGAAACUGUUCUCGAAUAAUCGUUAAAGUAGAAUGGAAUGGAGGGAUGAUCAUCGCUCUGUUUGAUAAGUGAGGAAAAUUGGUGUCUUCGAUAUCGAGAAAGAUGCUUGAAGCUUCUUCCGGUUUUAAUUGUACGACUGAUUCGAGUAGAGUGUCUUAGAAGAUAGUUCGAGAACACGUGUGUCAGUGCCAAGAAAACGGAAGAUUCUUCUUCUACUGAGAUCGAGACUGUCGACAAGUGUGUGCGUGUGCUAACUUAGAAGAACAAAAAAAAAUGCGGACAGUUUCCAAGGACUCUCUUGGUAUUGACCUUGUAAUCUGUCCGCCUCGUCAAACAACGUGUGCUUUUCAGUGCGUCAUCAUUUUUUGGAUGAUCGACAUCAUUUGAGAAGAUGAAGGGAUAAAGAUACAAGAAAAUGCAAAAUUGCAUUCCGUGCUUCAUCACAGCUCGAUUAUAAAAUUAAUUUCCUCUCAUAAGCGCGAUGAGAAAGAAAAAAAAACUUCGCCUAAUUGUCAAUUUCACAAGUCUUAAGAUUGCGAUUUUCGCAAAAAAUCAUUCUUAACUCUUCUGUAAAUAGGCGUAAAUGAAAGUUUUAUGUAUCAGUGCCCGCGAGAAAAAAAUCCAGAUUUAUUCUCUACUGCGAAAGACUGAAAACAAUUGAGAUCGAUUUAUCACACAAUUAUUCUUUUAAAUUUUUUUUUUCUUUCUUCAUCUCGAUUUCUUCGCGAGUAAUCGAAAAGUGUUGCGUUUGCUCGCAUCUUUUUUUUUUAAUUGCUUGUGUUUAGCGCAAUAGAUUACAAAUUGUUUGAGACAUAGAAGUAUAUACAUAUAUAUAUAUGUCUUAUUGAAGAGAGAAAAGAAGAAAACAUAUACCGGAAAGUAUAACGUACGUACUUAAUUUUUUAAUUAUUGUAGAAACAUAUCCAAUCGUUUAUUAUUCGCGUUUAUUAUUAAACAAUUAUGAAAAACAAAGAAAUUAUUGGCUGUUAGAAUUUUUGGAAUUAAAGCACCGCUUCUGAGAAAUAAAUUAUAUGUACAGUUUUACAAUUAGUUAAAAAUUGCUUUUAUAAAAGUUUUCCAAGAAUGCGUUCCUUUGUUGAAUAAAUCUUGACGAAUUAUCGCCAA